AUGGCCCUAGACUUGACCGAAGGCCUCGUCAUCAACAAAACCCAUCAGGGACAGUUCCCACAUCUGUACAUCACAGACAGAGAUACGGGGCAGUUGGUUUUGGAGAGCGUGGUUGACAAUAUAUGUUCCAACGGAUUGCCGAGUCUCCGCCUGGACCUGGUGACGGAGGGAAAGCGGCAAAAGAUUCGACGUUAUAUCACGGAUCUCCGCCCUGGAAGGACAAUCGUUGCCGCUGUCAACAGAAUUACUGCUCAUGAUGAGACAUUAAAGAAGAAGCUCCUUGUUCUUCGAGGUCUGUUUGCCCAUAAAGUUCUCCUCUUCGCUCUCCAUCAACACCGAUGGCGCGUGACAUAUGGACUGUCCCUGGACCGAAGCGUGCUGGCUGUCCCGUUCCGAGCGAAAGAUCAGCCAACUCCUCGGUCUGAAUUCAGUCACCCGGAUUUUACAAUUAUCCCAGUGCUCUUCAGUUUCGAGACGCUAGUCUCGAUACGAAUCGAGACUCAAGUUUCGAAACUUGAAUUUUGGCAGGUCUCGAGACAGUGGGGCUUCCGGAUGAGGGCUAGUCUGUGA